AUGGACCUGGUGCAACGGCGCCAUAAGCUCCUUGAGGAGAAGCGGGUUAAGCUCCAACAAAAAUUCCGUGACAAUCAACGCAAAGUCUUGCGGUUGAAGGUCAAACGAAAGUUGACCCAACUUACUCGGCUCUACAACUUCCAAGUUACUCAGGAGCAGGCCCGGAUCCGUCGUCAGAAUCUCCAGAGAGAUGUUCGAGCUCGUGCUCGUGCUAGUCAAGCGGCGAUGCUUGAUAUGCAGCUGAUUCCUAUAACGGCACCGCAGAAAGUGGUGCUCCAACAAUUGCCUGAGAUAGACGCCAAACUGUGCACAUCUCAGGUUCACGACGACAUUCGUUAUCUUCGUGAAACUGGUUUCUUUGACCAGGUUCACUCAACAUCUAGGGUGACUCUGGUGCUUCCAUUAUUGAGCCGAUACCGCAGCCAUUUGGUGAGGAUUGCUUGCGAUGCCAAUCUUGCGCCAACAAGCUACUUUCUCUAUGUGUUUGUCGUGGGAGUCGACGUCAAAGAAAGCUUAGAACGACAAAGUCAUCCGGGAACCAAUGCCAAUACCGAAAACGUGAGCCAAAACCGCGUGGCUAACUAUUUGUGGCUUCAAUGCUUCAAGUUGUGCCAAGCGAUAAUCAGUCACAUCGAGAGAGGUCACUUGGAUCCCGUCAAGGAGUUGUGGUCCCAAUUCGCGAAUAUAUUUCCAAUAUUCAAGCAGGUGCACCUCUCUCAGCUUCGCCAAAUCAUCAAUAAAGCAUGCCAAAUAUCUUCAGCUGCAGCUGAAGUAGCCUGUCAUACUUGGGAUCACGAACGUCAAUUCAUCAGCAGCGCCAAGUCCUGUCAGCUUUCACCACUGCAAAUGGAAAUUCUCGAUGAUGUAUGUCAUAAUAUCGAACAGGUCGAUCUUCGUGGUCCCCAGCUAGCUCUGGCAGUGAUGGGUACCUCAUCACUGAUGCGAUAUCAUUCUCAUAGAUUUGAGGUGCCUCCAAUGUUGGGGCCGGAUUUGUGGAGACGGUUUUGGUGGGUAUACUAUGAUGCUAAACCGAAGUUAAGGCUGGGCCAAAUAACAAUCCAUGAAAACCAUCCCUCGCUCACUAAUCUUAUGGUUACUUUGAACCAGCCACUCCCAACAAUCGUUAAUAUUGACGAGCUAAAAACUUCCAUCGAACAAUUCAAUCAUAUAUGGGGUCAUCUUAUGGAGCCGUUACCUUUUCUGCUUAAAAUGUGGGGAGUUGGCUCUUGGCUGGAAAUGUGGGUUUGUGUGGCUAAUGAAUGGUUGAAGAAGUGCUCUUUCCCCAACCACUAUGCAUGGAGAUUGUACGAAAACUUAGCCGUGCUUGUCAGCACUCGAAGAUGGUGGCAGGUCAGAGCAUCUUUGUACACAAACAGCCCCCAUUUGUUAUUCCCUGACCUCUACCGACAACUCCCCCCACCAACCGGGGUUCAUCUUGAUAAUAUGACGUGUUGGAGCGACCCACAGUUGUCACAGACAUUACCGCUGGACGGAAUGGAAAUUUGGAUAACUCUGUUCAUUCGACACACCGUGAUCAUGGGUGAGGUAAAGCCGAACGAAAUCAAUCUGACCUACUUACAUGACUUAAGGCGGAUUCUGAAGAUCAUUGCUGAUGAUUGUGUGGCUAGCAGUCGACUACUUCUACUGCGCCUAGGGAUUAUUUCUUCUCGUGCUGAGGCAAAAAUCACCCUUGAACUACAACGCAAAGUGUUGUGCAAUCGGAUAACCGCGGCGAACUUCCCUGCGGGGACCUCCAAUUUGGUCAAAGCUGUCGACAGCUUGACGAAGUUGACACAGAAGAUCAUUGCGGUUUAUACACCCUUGUUGAACUGGAUAUAUUGCGACCAGGGGAUGGUGUGUGUCUCAAACUAA